AGGCAGCGGGUUUUUCUUCUGGGGGGUUUUUUUUUGGGAGGGUUUUCUCUCAGAGAUAGGAAGGUGGGAGCAUUACAGGAUUAUCAAACAACCAUUGGCGACCACUGGCUUGUACCUUUUAUACCAUGUGCCGCCCAUCGAGGGGGGAGAACCAAAACGAUUGUACUGCUGCAGUGUAGGCAUACCAGGUGCGGGGGAGACGUCUACGGCGUCUGCAGUCAGCAAGCAAGCAAGCAGACCCCAGAAAAGAAAAGGGAAAGAGAAAGAAAAAAAAACACCUCAGGCCAUCCAUGCUCUCUCGAAUCCCGAGCUGUAUGCGCCUUUCUCCGGCGUGGGUAGGUAUUCUCUUUCUUUCCUUAGAGAGAGAAAAUGGCCCCCAGCGACCGCGUUACUUCGGAGGGAAGCAGGAUCGCCCAUUUAUUGGCCCUGCCGGCAGAUUCAGCGCUAGAAGGGAACCAAUGGUGCGCAAUGCACCUCAUGCUUCCUGCAGCUCCCUUCCCCAUCCUUCCCAACUUUCUGCAGCAGACACCAUUGCGACCCUCCUUGUGCACAGUCUCGGGUGCCAGCAGGAAAGCUCCAACGCCCGCCGCGUUGCCGUAGCAUUUUUCUUUUAUUAUACACCCGUCGCACUCGAUGCCAAGGUGCAUUUUCACGUGAAAGCUUAUUGCAGGCGCGAAUAUUUGUUGGUGAUCUUUAUUCUUGUAGAAUACCUACCUACCAUCGCACACGCACCAAACAAAGAAGAAGAAAACAGCAGGUGCUGGACUAGGACUAGGACUGAGGAGAGAGACCCAUCUGAUAUCCAUAACUCGUACGAGAGCGAUCGCAGAGUCCUUCCAAACAGCUCUUCCCAGGAUCUAACUAGUGGCCCUGGUCAACCACCGAGCACAGCUCUCACGUGGGUCCUCGCUCGGAUCCGGGGAGGUUCCCGGGGGUUGAAUAAUAAGUGUGGGACGAGAGGGAAAAAAAAAAGGACAAGGGCUUGUGGGAGGCUCGAUAAACAUUCCUCAACUCGGCCUAGUUACACGGUUCAAAAGUUCUAUAUCUGGCAUAUGGAAUCUCCUACGUAUUAUACAAUACAUAGUAGAGCGAAGCGAGUGCGUCUGCCAUGUCUCGCUCGAGUUUGGCAACCAUCAUGAGGUAAAUAAGUGCCGAGAUAGGCAGGGGGGGGCCGUAGGUAGGACGACGGCACAAACAACAUAACCCACCUAGCCUCGAAGUACUAACUACCUACCUACCUAUCCUUUAAUGUAAAAUUUAGUCAAGGGAUACGGAUUGCCGUCGUCAUCAUCCAUGACCUACUUACCUAACACCCUCGGACGAGCAACGUUCGGGAUUCCAAGGUGUGGGGUCUCCUGCCUACAUCCAUGCCUUGCGGGAAUUGGGGGAUGCCCCGGAUGUGCGGGAUAUCUCAUGGGGUUUGGCUCGACCAUAUCCCGGGGGCCAGGACAUACAUCCAUGGGUAGCCAUUAUAUGACUCUCUGUUUCUCUCUCUCUUU